UUAUUGCGCUUUAUUAAAUAGUUUCAGAUAAUAAAAAAAUCUCUUUUUAUAUGAUUGUAGAGAUUUAUUUACAAAUAUAUAGAGGCGUACAAAUAAAUUUAUUUUUUACUUAAGUUAAAAAUAAUCUUGUAAAAUAUAACUUUGAACUUUUACUUAUUAAUUAGUUGUGAGGGUAUUAAGAUUUUCUAAUUAAGGAGAGGAGAGUUAAUUGAACAUGAAAAUAUAGAUGUUUAGUACAAUAAAAGCUUUCUCCCUUUUUGCUAGAUAAAUAGUUAAUUUAUAAAUAAAUUUUAUAAUAUUCAAAUCAAUGUUGUAGGUGUUAAGAUUAAUCAUAGUUUAAUAUGUGGAAGAAAAUUGUAAAAAAUACUCCUUAUUCAAGAUAUAUGUCUGAUUUUGCUAAUCAAUAUAAAAAAAACCAUAUUUCUACUACACCGAUACAAAAAAUGUUAUUAGCUGUUGGUUCUGCCACAAUCUCACUAUUUGAUCCAUGUAGAGCUGGUAUUAUUAAUAAUAUGAUAGCAACUUUUGGAGAAACAACUGGAAUGUGUGCAUUGCAAGAUAUAAAAAGAAAAAUGUCUAAUAAUCCUGAAGGAAUUGAAAUAUUACAAUCACAGCCUCGUAUCAACUCAUCUACAAUUGAUCUGAAUAAACUUCAAAAUAUGCCUAAAAAUUCAUUAGGUUUUACUUAUUAUAAAUUUUUAGAUGAUAAUAAAGUUACUCCAGACUCUAGAGGUUAUGUUCAGUUUAUUGAUGAUGUUGAACUAGCAUAUGUAAUGCAACGAUAUAGAGAAGUGCAUGAUUUAUUUCAUACAAUAUUAGGCAUGCCAACCAACAUGUUAGGAGAAGUUACAGUUAAAUGGGUUGAAGCAUUUCAAACAAAAUUACCCAUGACAAUGAGUGGUGGCCUUUUUGGCGCUGUUCGUCUUAAGUCAAAACAAAGGGAACAAUACAUGAAUUACUAUUUGCCAUGGGCAAUAAAAACAGGAAUUAAUUCUAAAUUUAUGUUGAAUAUUUAUUUUGAAAAAAGAUGGGAACAGUCUAUUGAAGAUUUACAAAAAGAAUUGAAUAUCCGUCCUUUAGAAUUUAACUAAUGGAAAUUAUAUAAUGAUAUUAAGUUUGAAUUAUGUAUUAUCCUAAUCAUUUAUAUAAUUCACUGUUUUAAUAGUAUAUAGUUAUAAUUCUUAUAUUAACUGUUAUUAAUAAUAUAUUUUUAUUAUUUAUUACAUA